GGUCGGGGCUCGCCUGGGGGUUUCGGGCGCCUCUCUUCGGAGCCGGUGGUUCCUUUCGCUGCGGGGGGGGUGGCGGCGUGGCCGUGGCGAGCAGGGAAAGGCCCGGUCCGACCUCGUGGCCUUCCCUUCUGCGUAAAAGCCCCGCGGGGCGGUGGGAGAGGCCGCGGGGCGGAUAUUGGGGCGGGCUGGGGUGUCUGGGGCUGAGGGGCCGGUGGGCUGUGAGGAGGGACAUCCAUCCGUCGGUCCGUCCUCCUUCGUGGGCUCUGCGGGACGUGACGGAGCGGGUUUGCCUCUCUUCCAGGUACCUGUGCCGUCCUCGGCACGAGCAGCGUGGCCGGCGCUCCACGUCUUCGCGGUAGGUUACGGGCGCAGCCCAAUGCGCGUGGGGGCACCGGUGUGCCUUUUGGCUGUGUCGGCUUGGCAGCGCUCAGAGCUGCAGGAACAUGGAUUCACAGAAGGAUGUUCAGCCUCCAAAGCAGCAGCCAAUGAUUUACAUUUGUGGAGAAUGUCAUACAGAAAAUGAAAUAAAGGCAAGAGAUCCUAUCAGAUGCAGAGAAUGUGGCUACAGAAUAAUGUACAAGAAGAGGACAAAAAGAUUGGUGGUUUUUGAUGCCCGAUGAUGUCUGCUGAAGAUAUAGUGACUUCAUGAUGCAGUUUAACCUUUCUAAUAACUUUGCUCUGUAAAUCCAUUCAUGUACAAAUGCACGUUUUUAUUGUGUUUUAAGAGAUUGAAAUAUUAAAGUUUACUGUGAUAACUAAAGUUUGUCUAUAUUGUCUUCCAGCAAUAGAUUUCUG